AUGUUGACAAGGAAGCACAAGUACAUUCAUCAGGAAAACACCGCAGUGGAAGGAAGUUGUAGUGUUGUGAUCCAAAAGAUUCUUCCACCUAAGCAUAAUGACCCUGGUAGUGUAACUAUUCCUUGUUCAAUAGGAGAAGUCAAUGUGGGUAAGGCUCUGAUUGAUCUAGGAGCCAACAUUAAUUUGAUGCCACUCUCCAUGUGUAGAAGAUUAGGAGAGUUGGAGAUUAUGCCCACUCGAAUGACUCUACAAUUAGCUGACCGAUCCAUUACCAGGCCCUAUGGAGUAAUUGAAGAUGUAUUGGUCAGGGUAAAUCAUUUUAUCUUCCCAGCAUAA